AUGAACUGGUUAGUCGGCCUGCUGAUAUGUUUGACGUCUGCUGGGGCGGCACGCUAUGGGGAUUAUUCAGGAGCAAAAAUGCCGCAAUAUAACGUGGAAUACCCGGAGAAUGCGCCAUUAUCAGACGACUAUAAAGACCAUUCGCCAGAUGCUGCACAAUCUUUAGACUAUCGGUAUGAAGAGGAUUCAAUUCAAGAUAAAGUAGCCUCAAUUGAACCAGAAGACGACUCUUGGUUUAAGCGAAAGAAGGAAAUAUUAAAAUUAAGUAACGGUAGGAUGGAUUUAAACACAAAUAAUGAUUUAAUCACUAAAUUCAAGUCGAAUCCCCGUUUUCAAAAACAUCGGUCACGGACCAAACAAAAAAUGAACAGUGGAAAUAAAAAGCAUAAUGAUUAUGAAACGCAAUAUGACAAUGACGGUGAAGAUGUGAAAAUAGAAUAUCCUAAAAAAAUACUAAAGAAUAACAAGGUGGAACCAGAAUUUGAUUUCAGAUUCACAACACAGAAAGUGAUAAGAAGAAAGGUUCGAGAUAGAACAAUAAGUCAGGAAAGAAAAGAAAUAGAUGACUCUGAUGAUGAAGAAAAUAUAAAAGCAAAAUUUGAUGAUGAAAAUUUGGAACAUCGUAUCGAUGGACGUCGGCGAAUGAAGGUUGAAAAAGAUCCUUUAUAUGUUCACAAGAUGAAGAAAUUUAACCUUAAGGAUUAUGCAGAAGACGACGAGUAUUAUGAUAUGAAAAGGAUUAAUAGAAUUAAACAAAAAAUACCAGAAGUAUUGCGAAGGACCACAGUGGACGCAAGUGCAACAGAGACUUCGAGUCUACGACCUGUACAAGACAUGUUGUAUCGCCGUGUCAAUAACGAAUUCGUAACUACUGAAAUAGUGACCGAAAAAGUUUCAACAACUGAAGAAAGAACAGAUCGCAUUAAAAUUACCGUAGUCAGUAUCGGAAAAGAGGGAAAUCAAACAUCAAACAUAACGCAUUUAUCCUUAGCAGAAAAAUCAAGGUUAUCCAUUUUAAGGAAAUCCCUAAAAAAAGAAAGUGUAAGAAAUGUGACGUGGACGACAAAACCACCCGUUUUAAUGCAAGUAACUCCUAAGAUGCAAACAAUAGUUAUGGUUGAACCUCACAAUGAAAUACAGAUGCGUGCACGAGAAAUUUUUGAGGACAGUUCAGAGAGAGUCGCCAAAGCUAAAAAGCUUAUGAGACAUAAGCUAGUGUCUGGAGCUCGCAGUAUCCAAGAUCUCACAAAUAAUUGGGAUGAGAUUGUCUGUGAUUAUAUUGACGUUUCCUUACUUGAAAAUAGAUGUGCAUGUUUCGAUUCAAAUAUAAUAUUUAUAAGUGUUCUUCUAAUAUGCGAUUGUUUACUGCUU